AAUCAGAUGUGAGAGUGUUGCGUGCUGUAGUUUCAGAUGAGCGGCUGAAUUUUUCUCGUUAUAAUCGAUGCUUAAAUAUUAAACAGCAUGUAUUAAACUAUUAAUAAUUAUAUUUAAACACACGAAUCGUGUUUUGUGCUCUUCAUCGAUCUGAAGUAUUUCAACUGUGAGGAAGACGAGGACGAAGAGUCGCCAUGAGUGAACGCACCAUCCAUGUGUUCCGUAAGGGCCUGCGCCUCCAUGACAAUCCCACCCUGCUGGGGGCGCUGGCGUCCUCCUCCGCACUCUUCCCCGUAUACGUGCUGGACCGCGAGUUCAUGCAGCGCGUGAUGCGUGUUGGUGCGUUACGCUGGCGAUUCAUCCUGCAGAGUUUAGAAGAUCUGGACGGCCAUCUGCGGGCGCUGGGCUCGCGGCUAUACGUCCUGCGUGGGUCUAUGCUGGUGGUCCUGCGUGAACUCGUUACCCGGUGGGGCGUCACGCAGAUCAGCUACGACACUGAAGUAGAGCCGCAUUACACGUGCAUGGACUGUGAGAUACAAACACUGGCACAGGAACAUGGACUGAAAACUUACACGUGUGUGUCGCACACGCUAUACGACGCCAAGAGGGUUAUAAAGGCAAACGGCGGCUCUCCUCCUCUCACAUAUAAGAAGUUCCUUCAUGUUUUGUCAGUUUUGGGUGAACCAGAGAAACCAGCACGAGAAAUCACAACGGAGGAUUUCCUGAGAUGUGUGACCCCUCCUGACCCGAAUCAUGAGCAGGAGUUUGGGAUUCCCUCUCUGUCUGAUCUGGAUGUACCAGAUGAGUUUGAGGUUUUGUGGCCGGGCGGAGAAACGCACGCCCUCAAACGACUGGAGAAACACUUCCAGAGUCAGGGUUGGGUGGCAAAUUUCUCCAAGCCGCGGACGGUUCUGAACUCUCUUCUGCCCAGCACCACUGGUCUCAGUCCAUACUUGAGUCUCGGCUGUCUGUCGGUCCGAACGUUCUACCACAAACUCAACAGCAUCUAUGCACAGUCGAAGAACCAUUCGCUGCCCCCCGUGUCGCUGCAGGGACAGCUGCUGUGGAGAGAGUUCUUCUACACUGUCGCUUCAGCCACUCCAAACUUCACUCAGAUGCAGGGAAACCCAAUCUGUCUGCAGAUCAGCUGGUCCCAGAAUCCAGAAGCCCUGGAGAAAUGGAAAACCGGUCAGACCGGUUUUCCCUGGAUCGAUGCAAUCAUGACUCAGAUUCAACAGGAGGGCUGGAUUCAUCAUCUGGCGCGUCACGCGGUGGCGUGUUUCCUGACGCGAGGAGAUCUGUGGAUCAGCUGGGAGGAGGGCAUGAAGGUGUUUCAAGAGUACCUGUUGGACGCAGAUUACAGUGUGAACGCUGGUAACUGGAUGUGGUUAUCUGCCAGCGCGUUCUUCCAUAAGUACACCAGAAUCUUCUGUCCUGUUCGUUUCGGCCGCCGGACCGACCCAGAGGGACAGUAUCUCAGGAAAUACCUGCCGGUGUUGAAGAAUUUCCCCUCUCAGUAUAUUUACGAGCCGUGGAAAGCGCCAGAAGACGUGCAGCUGAGCGCCGGUUGCAUCAUCGGUAAAGAUUAUCCUCGUCCGAUGGUGUGUCAUAUAGAGGCGAGUCAGAGGAAUUUGGCUCUGAUGCGACAGGUUCGCUCGGAACAAGAGAACACGGCACAACUCACACGAGACGUGUCCGAUGACCCAAUGGAGGUGGGGCUUAAACGUGAGCUACAGGAAGAGGAGGGGCUUCUGGAGGGGGCGGAGCCACACAGCGUGUCCAAACAUUUCAGCGCCAGUGCGGAUCAUCAGUCCCGCCACUGGACGCCAGAGACCCCGCACAGAUAUUGAAACCUCACAUACUGAUUGGACCGUAUACGUCUGAACAGUAACGAUAACUUUGUUUCUCAGUGUUUAUGAGAGAAUUGUUGAAACUGAACUAUUUCCGAACCAAAUCAGGUGAAUUAUGCACAAGUGUUCAUGAUGCAUAUGUGUGUCAUUCAUUGAAUGUAUAUGUGGUAUGCAAAAUAUGAAACAAAUCUCCUGUAAAUCAACUUUGUCAUGUGAUAAAUAAAUAAAUGACAUUUAGUUCCACUCCUCUAAUUUAAGAGAAGAUGCAGAUCUGUAAUGAUUUAUCAUUUAAUAAUCGUUCUUUGCCAUGCUUGUGUUGUUUUGAGCAGCGUUUUCUGAUGCAAGGUUCGGACGUGAAUUAACGAAUCCUACUACGGCGAACGUGAUUUUACCCCCCAAACCAUGCCCCACAGUCAUGACGAAACCCUCAGGAACGUUUUCAUUGGUCAUCUCAAUCACGCAUAGUCACCUGUGAAUAGUUCAGACUUUAGAAACAUCGUGAACUUGCACUGGGCGGAGCAUGCAUGAAUAUUCAUGAGUUUCCUUCUUCGUGUUAAAGCGACACUGAAAAUAUUAGUGCCUACUUGGAUUACAGUUCAUCUAAACUAUGAUUUCAGAAAGGUAAUUAUGUUUCAGCACCAAACGAAAGUUAAGAUUGACUGUUUUAUAGAUUGUGAAUGUGUAACUGGUACUGCUGACCCGCUCCAAGCGGGAUUUGAACCGGGGUCUCUGGCAUGGGAGGUGGGCAUGUGUACGCUGUUACGCUUGCACUAAUAUUUUCAGUGUCACUUUAACACGAAACAGAUAACUCAUGAAUAUUCACGUAUGCUCCACCCAGUGCAACCGACAGUCUCAGAAACUGAAUAUUUCAGAACACCGGUAGUUUUCAAUAAUAAUUUAUUGUCAGAAUUACCGGUUGGUUUUUGAAGAAUUCAAUGUCAUUGUUAUUGUUCUUUAUUUUUCAUCUUCAUCGUAUUAAGUCCGUGUUAUGAAUUCUAGGCUCAGACUGCAUGUUAUAAAGUCAUAUUGUUUGCUGAUUAAUUAAAGAAUGAAGAAUGAGUCAAAGAAUUGAAAAUAUAUAUAUAUAUUUUUUUAAUAAACAUUUUAUUGUAUAAAUGGUCAGAAUCUGUGGCAAGCUUGAAAUGGUACAAAUAUUUGUAUGUUGUAUGUGUGUUUAAUUAUUCAUCCUAAGUGGUUCAAAAUGUUAAUUAGUUGACAAGUUAAUGCAGAUGAAGUGUUAUGGAUUCUGCAUUUUAUGAAGUUAUAUUGUUUGCAAGGCUUAAUUAAAGAAUGAAGAACGAGUUAAAGAAUAGAAAAAUAUAUAUAAUUUUUUAUAAUCCUUUUUAUUGUGUUGGCAGAGUUUUUUUCCAUACAUAAGUGGAAGUUUCUCUGUGUUAAGCCCCUCUUAUCUUAUUGUGUUUAGACACACCAGCAAGUGCACAGGAACAAACAUGUCAGUUGUUUUUUGUUUCAUUUUGUACACCAAUUUGUGUAUCCCUGGCUUUUUGUAUUUUGUCUGUUUAAUAAAUAAUAGCGUUGAGUGACCAGUCAGCCAAUGAAAGCGUUCCUGAGAGUUUAGCUCAUGAAUAUGAAUAAAGUAACGCUGACUUUAUACGACAGCUUUCAUGGAACGCCCAGACACUUAACGCAAUUAAUAUUCAUGAGCCAGCCACCGUCUCGCCUACUCAAGAACCUCUGUCUUUUAACCAAUCAGAAAGGACUGUUGUGCGAGCGUCCCGUUACGCACUGAAUAUUCAUGAGCCAGCGCAGCGCCACGUCAGCAGAUCAGCACACGUACAAGUUAAACACAUUCACAGCUGAUAAAUGUUUGAGAGUGAAUUUAAAAAGGAAUGAAGUGAAAUAAACUUCAGCAGAAGAGCAUCAUGGUGAAGAGUGUGAAUUCAGAUGUUCAAGCGGAAAGUGAAACGUAUGAAGGGACGGAACUGGAACAUUCAGAGACGGAUCCAAACACAGCAGAUGUCACUAAGGAGCACUCUGCAGCUCCCCCUGGGAUGAUUUGGCGGGUCACCGGAGGUCUUUGUAGCAUCACAAAAGGUGUGGUCGGAGCCACAGUGGGCGGAGUCACCUGGCUGGGCGGUAAAGGUCUGGA